CAAUUUUUGGUCCUAAUCUUUGCUUUAAUCCUCAUUUAUUAUCAGUGGAGAUAAAAUCCAAUUCGUCAGCGUUUUUUGCUUCAACUCUUACCUUCGACCCGAUUGAAGCUUCCGGAUCUUCUUCUCCAAAACGAACGAUUGAUUGUUCUAGUAGUUAUACAAAAUCGAGAUGGGUGAUUACUUCAGUGUCAUAGAUCGGAGUGGAGUGAGGUCUAGUAGUGAAGAUCUGCUUAGUGCAAUUACGCCAUUGAUGAAGCUUCUCUCGCUCACAGCAAUAGGGCUACUUCUUUCUCACCCAAAAGUCCAAAUGAUUCCAAGAGCAACCCUAAGGCUCCUGAGCAAACUCGUUUUUGCCCUGUUCUUGCCCUGCCUCAUCUUCACCCAUCUGGGUGAGAGCAUCACGCUUCAAAACAUUGCUAAAUGGUGGUUUAUCCCUGUGAAUGUUUUGAUUAGUACAGGUAUUGGGUGCCUUCUAGGGUUCUUAGUGGUGAUUCUAUGCCGCCCCCCUCCUCGGUUGAUGCGGUUCACCGUUAUCUCGACUGCGUUCGGCAACACCGGAAACCUCCCUCUUGCCAUUGUUGGUUCUGUCUGUCAUACUGCUGAUAACCCCUUUGGCCAGCAUUGUCACUCUAGAGGGGUUUCUUAUGUUUCCUUUUGCCAGUGGGUUUCUGUUAUUCUUGCUUAUACUCUUGUUUAUCAUAUGAUGGAGCCUCCAUUGGAGUUUUAUGAGAUUGUUGAGGAGGGCACUGAGAUUGAAGAAUUGGAACAAAUUAGUGACAAUGAUGCUAGUAAGCCUCUCCUGAUCGAAGCUGAAUGGCCCGGGAUUGAAGAGAAAGAAACUGAGCAUUGUAAAGCACCCUUCAUUGCUAGGAUCUUCAAGAGCAUUUCAAAUGUUUCCCAGUCAACUUUUCCUGACCUUGAUCACUCCAGAGAAAGUAGUACUCCUACGUACCCGGAGUCAAUCAGGUGUUUGGCCGAACCAAGGGUUGUGAGGAAGAUCAGAAUUGUAGCUGUACAAACUCCCCUAAAGCACAUUCUGCAGCCACCAACCAUUGCUUCUUUGUUAGCCAUCAUUGUUGGGUUGGUGCCCCAAAUCAGAGCAUCUUUCUUCGGCCCCGAUGCUCCGCUAUCGUUCAUCUCCGAUAGUUUAGAAAUCCUAGCUGCUGCAGUGGUUCCUUUUGUGAUGCUUAUGUUGGGUGGCAUGCUUGCCGAGGGGCCUCACGAGUUGUCCACACUUGGCCUACGUACUACAAUCGGCAUAAGCGUUGCAAGACUCUUUGUCCUCCCUAUACUGGGAAUCGGGAUCGUCGUAUCCGCAGACAAGCUGAAUUUUCUUGUUGAUGGUGAUCCAAUGUACAAAUUUGUGCUGUUGUUGCAGUAUACAACACCAACUGCCAUUUUGUUGGGAGCAAUUGCAAGUUUGAGGGGAUAUGCAGUGAGGGAGGCCUCAGCUCUUCUUUUUUGGGAACAUAUAUUUGCCCUCCUCUCCCUUUCUCUCUAUCUUUUUGUUUACUUUAAGAUUGUGAUAUAAUUAUGAUUUUGCUACCAAUUGUACAAUUUGUAUCAAAGGCUGUUUCCUAAUCUUACUUGGCAUUUAUUUUGAGGCAAA